GCCCCCAGACCGCUAGGGAAACCUCAGUACCUGCGCGUGUGGCACGAUAACUCCGGCGAAGGACGCUACUCCUCGUGGCACCUCGCCUUCGUCAGCGUGCGGGACCUGCAGACGGACGAGAAAACGACCUUCAUCGCGAACCGGUGGCUGGCUAUUGACAGGGACGAUGGGCAGAUCGACCUGACCCUCACCGCCGCCAACCUUGGGUGAAAUGACCAACUUCACCCACCUAUACAAGGCGAGCAAGGAGAAAGGCAUGAGGGACCGACACCUGUGGACGUCCGUUUUCUAUAGACCUCCAAGAUCAAGAUACACGAGGAUAGAGCGAGUGGGCGUGUGUGCAGCCUUUGUGUACCUUUCCAUGACGAUGAGUGCCAUGUGGUACAAUGUGGCUCCCGAAAAGCCAUCCGCUGACAGUUACUUUGAUCUCGGCGCCUUUUCACUUAGUGCAGAACAGGGUGCGAUAGGCCUCAUUUCCCUGGUGGCCGUGUACCCUGUGAUUCAACUGAUGGUGGCCAUGUUCAGGUACGCGCGACCCCGGACUCGCAAAGUAGCUCGGUCCAUAGCGGCGCGCGAUCGACAAAGGGCUGAACAACGGGAGGAAAUGGGUCUGGGUCCUGAAGCGGAGAUGGACAAAGCCCCGGAUGUUGAAAAGGGGGGGAGGAAGAACAGUGUGAACAGGAGGAACCUCAAGGAGCCCUUUACCCUACCAUGGUGGUUCCGCCCGGUUGCCUGGUUGCUCGUGCUUGCGGUCGUGGGGGUGUCUGUGUUCUUCGUGUGGGCUUAUGCGAUGGAAUUCGGCGCCCAGAAGACAAGUCGUUGGCUCACCUCUUUGCUGGUUACCUUCCUCACUUCGCUGCUCAUUAUUGAGCCUGUUAUGGUGCUGCUCGGCGCGGUGAUCAGAGCCACGUGUUGUAGCAAGUGCGUCUCAACCCGCGUUGACGAGGAUGACGUUGACUUCGACGAGGAAAAAACGCACCUCUAUUACGACGAGGAAUGGCAGCACAUGAAGCCCCUGGACGCCACGGCCAACCGACGCGUGCACGCCGUCAAGGGCACGAGCGACACGAGCCUCCUGGAGAGCCUGCGUCAGAAGCUGGUGAAGGAGCGCGAGAUGAUGCUCGUGCUGAGGGACAUCCUGGCCUACCUCGCCUUCGUCAUGAUGCUGGGCUUCAUCACCUACGGCAGCCGCGACCCCUCCACCUUCCUCAUGGUCUCGCACUUCCGCAACGCCUUCAUCAGGGAGGGAGACCUCUACUGGGACUACAAGGAGAAGGUUACCCACAGCGACCGAUACUGGCUGUGGUUGAAAAAUAUCAUGCUGAAGGAAUUGAGAGCUCAGCGUUGGUACAAUGACGAACCUCCAUAUGGAUUAAGAGGAUUCUUAGGUGACAAGCAAAAUAGGAUUAUGGGUUACGGGAUCCUACGGCAAGUUAGAAACAAAAAGAACGUCUGCAGACCCCCCUCCGGCCCGAUUCGUAAGAUCGUGGGUUCGUGCACAGGACCUCGAGCCAUGGCGCUUGAGGACGACGGGGACUACUGCGCUCACUGGGGCGACAAGGAGGUCUUCCCAGGGGCGUGCAGUGUGCCGGAGUUCAAGUGAGGAAGGAGCUGAAGGAGGGAAUGGCCACAAGGAAGAAGGGGGUUGAAGGAGGAAUGGCCACAGGGAAGGGGGUAGAAGGAAGAAAGGGGUAGGGAGGAGAGAAAAGGAGGAAGGAGGAAAGGGGCAUGUAAACAGAAGCCAUCUCGCAAUCUUUAAGACUCGGACCUUUAUGAUUACUUUAGAAUUAGAAUUAGAGUAAGUUAAAAGAUUGUCGAAAAGGAAAGUAGCUCUAAAAUCAUUAAAUAUGGAAAAGAAAGCAUGUAUCUUAACAAAAAAAGAUAGAAUAAAGCAUAUUUCAUAACAAAAAAAUCUUUAGGAUUCAUGAAAACAGGUUUAAAUCCACUGCAAAUCUGACAUACCAGAAAUCUAAAAUCAUCUUGUCGAAGGUAUCACUUUAAAACCAUUUUUUUUUUUUAAGUGUUGAAGAAAAUGAACCUUAAAACGUCUUUAGGACUGAUGAUGUAGAUGUACGUAUAUAAAUAGGGUAUCUGAGGACGAGGAGGGAGUCAGAAAUUAGUUUAGCUAGUUUCAGGAUCCAUUAAAUCGAAAAACCUUGUUUGCUAUUUUGACAACUGUGACAACUUUAUUUUGUUUGAUAAUUUUUAAAACACCCACCGUGAAAAUACGGACUCGAACAGCGUCCUAAAAGCUAUUACAAACCAAAUAUUCUAACACAGAGAACGAGACCAAAAUAUAUUCCACAGAUAAGCAUUCUCUCUCUCUCUCUCUCUCUCUCUCUCCUCU